GUCAUUUUCGCCAUUCAUUGAAGCACGUAAAAAAAUUAGCAGUCAGCUGCUUCUCCCUUUCUAGUCUUGCCAGAGAGUGCUUUCGCACCGACUGCGGAUAUUCUUGAUGUGUCUCAGCGCAAAAGAAUGGCUUUACUUGUUAACCACUUAAAUAGGAGUUUCAUUCUAAAUGGAAUCUUUUCUACCAAAGGUUGUAGAAUACAUUUGAUUUUGACGAAAGAGAAUAUUUCGUGGGAAGUUGAAAAUGAACCAAAAUCACAAACUGUUAUUCCUUUGGGACGUUUAGUUAGUGUCACUCCUUGUGAUUGUUCAGGUUUCAGACAACCAAAACCUUCACAAUGUAGUUACUGCAGGCAUCAGCCAAACAAUAUCACCAAUUCAGGGUCUGGACUGCUGUCAACGCAUGCAAAAUCAAUGAAGUUGCAUUUUGCUGUGCCCUUUGGUAGACAUAUGUGGAAGUUAGAAAGUCAGAUCUUUAGACCACUUGAAAGCACAAGAUUAAAAGAUUGGAUCGAUUCCAUACAGGAUUCUCUUUCAGAAUUAAAUCGCCCAAAAAGUCUCCUAAUCUUCAUAAAUCCAUAUGGAGGAAAGAAGAAAGGAGUGAAAAUUUUUGAAAGAAAAGUUUCACCCCUUUUUCAUUUAGCUGGUAUUGAAUCUCAUGUUGUAGUGACUCAAAGAGCAAAUCAUGCUAAGGAAAUGAUAGAAGAUAUUGAUAUUCAUAAAUUUGAUGGGAUAAUAUGUGUUGGUGGAGACGGAAUGUUUAGUGAAAUUUUAAACAGUGUUGUACUCAAGACUCAGAAAGACAAAGGAAUAGACGUUAAUGAUAUUUAUAAUAAUCUAAUGGUUCCUAGGAUUCCACUUGGAAUAAUUCCUGCUGGAUCUACAAAUGCUGCUGUUAACUGCAUCACAGGAUCUUGUGAUCCAAUUUCAGCCACUCUUCUCAUUGUGAUGGGUGAUUAUACUGGUGUUGAUAUAUGUGGAGUAUAUAGUGCAGGACGUUUUCUGAGGUUUGCUGUAACAUUUCUGUCGUAUGGAUAUUUUGGUGACGUUAUUCGUGAUAGCGAAAAGCUUCGGUGGAUGGGACCUAAACGAUAUGAUUUUUCCGGUCUGAAAAAAAUUUUAUGUAGGAAAUUAUAUGAAGGAGAAUUGCAGCUUGAAGUAGAUCUUCCUACGAAUCAUUCAGUGUGGUUGAAAGAACGCUGUUGUGUUAAUUGUGAAACUUGCUCAAAGGCAACAGAAUUACCAAAUGAAGAAGUUCGAAGUCCAACGAAAAAAAUAAAAUGGUUAUCUGUUCGUGGAAGUUUUAUUGCAAUUAAUGCAGCAGUUCUGAGUUGUGCUUGUUAUAAGUCAACAAAGGGAAUAUCUCCUUCUCAACAUUUGGGUAAUGGCUAUUGUGAUGUCAUUAUUGUAUCAUCCUGUUCACGCUUUAAUUAUCUGAGGUAUCUACUGCGAACAUCGUACCAUCAUAAAAGUCCUUUUGACUUAAAUUUUGUGCAAGCAUACAGAGUUAGAGAGUUCAGAUUUAAUCCCUUAAUAACUGAUGACAAAACACCAGCUGCUGGUUGUGCUGGUCUUGAAGGAAACUGGCAAGAAUUAAGCACUAGUGUUUGGAAUUGUGAUGGAGAAGUUGUGAAUGAGCCUUCUGUUACUGCAAGGGUUCAUUGUCAGUUGAUAAAUGUGUUUGGAAGAGGUUUUGAAGACAGAAAAGAACAGUCUUUAUUAACAAAUUGUUUUAAAUUUUUAAGAAAAUAAUGUAAGGAAAUUGCACGAGAUUAUUAUUAAAAUUUUAAAUGCUUAUUUAUAGAAUUAAUGAAUAAAAUAUAUUUUUGUUCCUUUAAUGUAUAACAAGUAAUGAGGUAUUAUGAUAAAUCAUUCCAUUUCUAAAGUGAUAUCUAAAUGUAUACAAAACUUCCCAUACUGUCCUGUUUUAAUGUUAUUCUGUGAUUAAUAAUCGCAUGGUUCUAGAACUAACAAAAUAUUGUUUAAUAUUUAAGUAACAUAAAUUAAAUAUUUAUAUAGUUUUAGGAAAAUGAUAUAUAAUGUAUAUGUCAUCAUGUCCACUUGGUGAUUAUUUAAAUUUAAAAUAAAUUUGAAAGAAUUAUUCAAAUGCUGUAUUAAUCAGAAAGAUUUCAGAAAAUUUUCUAAUUAAAACAUCAAAAGAAAAUAAAUGCAUAGAUAAAAUAAAAGUGCAGACAUAAUUUUAAUUUUUCUAUUGACAAGCUUUGCUUCAGAUGUGGUAAGCAGAGGACUGAUAUUUAUUUUAUUGAAAUUCUAAAAUUUCAUUCUAAAAUUAAUUGUAACUUCUAUUGAUAUAAAAUUUGUAAUACAUUAUGAAUUAAUUUUCUUACUUGAAAAGAUAUUUUUUGUAUGUUAAUAUUGAAGAUAACUAGUUGCUGUUGUAAAUUCUAGCAGAUUUUCUUCAAGUAUUUAUAAUUUAUACUUUUUAAAAUGUUGCAUAGCAUGGCACUUUUUAUAUUUAUUUUAUUUAUUGUAUAUGUAAUUUAUUUCAGAGCUUUGUAGUGCAGUUAGCUUGUUAACCUGUAAAUAUUUGUAUAUAUAUUUGUACAGAUUAUACUUUUGUGAUAUGAAACAUUUUUGUUAUGUAUUUUACAAAUAAAUAUUACUAGUAUUGUUACAUAUAAUCAACA